GCUGCGUACGUCACAGCUCCAGGAGACGUGUUGGCUCAGAAUAUGACGGCGUCGGGACAGUACGGACAGGUUUCAGCCUCCGACAAAGUCCUGUUCGUCACCUUCACCUCCGACGAAGACCCCUCCACCUCCGCCAUGUGCAUGUAUCCGCUGCGCUCCAUCAACAAAAGGCUGGUGGAGAUAAUCGGAGCGUGCUACAGCCACAACGGCAUCAUCAACGAAAAGGGCGCCGUAUAUUCACCGUACUCGUCCAAAUCUGAGGAGCUGUGCAGCAGCAAAAACCAUGUCAACAUGACGCUCAAGUAUCCAUGUGGAGCUGAGUUCCUGCCCUCCCCAUUGGCCAGUAAGGCGGAGUUCGCCCUGACAUCUGAGCCCCCAUUGGCUCGUAAAGGUCACAUGACCGCCGUGGCUGUAGCCGUGGAGAUGACGCACGCUGUGGCGUUCCUCGGCACCUCCACUGGAGAGGUGCUGAAGGUACAUCUGUCCGCUCACCCCGAGGUUUACGGUCGGGCGCCGGGCGACGUCACCGGGGAGAAAGUCAACAAAAACCUGCUGUUCGAUACCGACCUGCAACACGUGUAUAUCACCACGGAGAAAAAGAUCUCCAAGGUGCCGGUGCAGUCCUGCCACCUGAAGACAGACUGUCUGUCCUGCGUCUCCAUGAAGGACCCGUACUGCGGCUGGUGUGUCCUCGAGGGGAAGUGCACGAGGAGGAAGGAGUGCAGCAGGUGGAGGGACAACAACACCUGGCUGUGGUCUCCCAAUCAGAAGUGUGUUCAGAUCAAAGCCUUCGACCCCCCCAACCUCAGCUGCAGGAAAACACAGCAGGUGGAUAUCCACAUCCCGGCGCUCCCGACGCUCCAGCCCACCGACUGGCUUCACUGUAAAUUUGGGACGUUUGUGACCAAGGGGGUCGUGGUGAUUGAGGACAGGAAGGUCACAUGUGCGCUGCCCGACCCCGUGGACAUCCCCCCCCCCACCCAGCAGCAGGACUACGUGUCCGUCCCAGUUAAAGUCGUAGUGAACGAUAACAUCGAGGUGACGUCCGGAGAGUAUCACUUCUACAACUGUGCUGCGACAGUCAGGAAGAACCAGAACACACCGUGUAUAGCGUGUGUGACCAGUGAGUGGCGCUGUCAGUGGAACGCUCAGGAUCACAGCUGCAGCGACGAAAGUGACGCUGCAGGAGGAGAGUUCAUCGUGAAAACACAACAGGCUGGCAGUUGUCCUCAGUUUGAGUCUCCGGAGCCGCUCUUAAUCCCGGUCGGAUUCCCGAUCCCAAUCAGUUUCCAGGGCAGAAACCUGGACAUCUACCAGAAAGACGAUCAGAAGUUUUCCAUCGGCACGAAUCUGAUGAAGGACACGGAGCUGACGGUCAUACAGGAGCAGGGGUCAAAGUUCAAAUUCAACGGAUAUGAGUUCUCCUAUGAUAAGCAGCAGGAGGUGAACGUCUCCUUCCACAUCAUAGACAGAGGCACAGAGCGGAUGGUUGACAGCACGCUGACAGUCUCCCUGUAUAACUGCUCAGUGAAAAGGGAGGAUUGCAGUCUGUGUAAAAACGCAGCUUCUCAGUACGAGUGUGUUUGGUGUUCUUCGUCUCGUUCCUGUGUUUAUCGAGAGCUGUGUCCGUCCCACCAGCCGGCUCAGUGUCCGCCCCCCGAGAUCACAGACAUCUUCCCUCGGUUCGGGCCUCUGAACGGACGGAUCUCAGUGACCAUCAGAGGCUCCAACAUGGGGGUCAAGAGCGACGACGUGAGGAAGAUCACGGUGGCCGGAGUGGACUGUUUGCAUCAGAAGGAAAGAUACUCCGUCUCCACCAGUGUGGUGUGUGAGAUCGGCCCUGCGAGGCGAGCGCCGCCCUCUGACCUCCCGUUUGAACCCUCGCUCAGCGGGGCAGUGGAAGUGGAAGUAGAGGGAGAGGGAGGGAGGACUGGGACGUCAAAGGUUUUCUUCACAUAUCGGGACCCCAUACCCUCCUCUGUGCUCCCAGGGAAGGGUCCAGCUGCCGGGGGGACGUUGAUCACCAUCACGGGGACACACCUGGACACCGCCACGAAAGACGAUGUCUCUGUUUCUGUCGGAGGAGUUCCCUGUGAAGUGCUAAAGUUCGGCUCUGAGAUCUCGUGUAAAACGGGGAAAUAUCGGGGGCAGAAAGUUCCCUCGGAGAAGUUAGCGGUGGCGGUGAAAUACGGGACAAACACGACGAAGGAAAUUCCGUCCGCUUACCAGUACUCGGAAAACCCCAAGAUCACAGAUUUUAACCCCAAGAGCAGCUUCCUAUGCGGUGGUCGGAGGAUUGUGGUGUUGGGAAGCGGUUUCGAUCUGAUCCAGAGAGCCACCAUGGAAGUCCUGUCCGCUAACGACGAGUUCUCACAGAACACCACACCUGUACAGUUUGUUCAGGAGCAUGUGAGUAAGAACGACACGAUGCUUCAGUUUCUCUCUCCGGCGGUGAACUGCUGCGUCGACAGCACGGCGUUGAGAUCUGUCCUCUGGUUGGACGACGAGAAGGAAGAGCUGAAAGGCUUCGACUACCAUCCUGACCCCUCCUUCGACCUGCUGCUGAAGAACGUAAUCACCGAGACCAGCGUCAUCAUCGUCCACGGUCGAGGUUUCUCUAAAGCCAUGACGGCCAAAGAGGCGCAGGCCUUCGUUGGAGUCUCCUCCUGUCCCGUCAACAUCCUGCAGGAUGAUAAGUUGAUCUUGGAGGCUCCUUCCUCUCAGCCCACAUCUGGAUCUAAACGUCAGCGCAGAGACACGACCAACGACCUGCUGGACCUCGUGGUGAAGUUCGGUCACGGGGAGUGGAAGGUGGGCUCCGUUUACUACGCUCAGAGUAAAGACAUCCCUCUGGAGAUCAUCAUCCCCUCAGUGAUCAUCCCCAUGCUCUUCUUCAUCGCCAUCUCCGUCUACUGCUACAGGAGGAAGAGCCAGCAGGCGGAGCGGGAAUACGAGAAGGUGAAACACCAGCUGGAGAAUCUGGAGGAGAGCGUCCGGGACCGCUGCAAGAAGGAGUUCACAGACCUGAUGAUAGAGAUGGAGGACCACACCAGCGAUCUGAGCGAGGCGCGGAUCCCCUUCCUGGAUUAUAAAACGUACACCGACCGGAACUUCUUUCUGCCCACGAAGGACGGCUCGGACGACACCAUGAUCACCGGGAAAAUACAAAUCCCAGAAGCCCGAAAGGCCAUCGUGGCUCAGGCUCUGAACCAGUUCUCCAACCUGCUGAACAGCAAACCCUUCCUCAUCAACUUCAUCCGUACGUUGGAGAGCCGUCCGGACUUUAACGCCCGUGCUCGCGGUUACUUCGCCUCUCUGCUGACGGUGGCGCUGCACGGGAAGCUGGAGUAUUACACCGACAUCAUGAGGACGCUGCUGCUGGAGCUGAUGGACGAACACGUGCAGAACAAAAACCCAAAACUCAUGCUGCGCAGGUCGGAGACGGUGGUGGAGAGGAUGCUCUGUAAUUGGAUGUCCAUCUGUAUCUAUCAGUUCCUCAGGGACACGGCAGGGGAGCCUCUCUACAAGCUGUUCAAGGCUCUGAAGCAUCAGGUGGAGAAAGGGCCGGUGGACGCCAAGAUGAAGAAAGCCAAAUACACUCUGAACGACACGGGGCUGCUGGGAGACGACGUGGAGUACUCAGUACUGACUCUGCAGGUGUUGGUCCACGGGGAGGGUCCUGACGUGACUCCAGUGAAGGUGUUGAGCUGCGACUCCAUCACACAGGUGAAGGAGAAGAUCAUCGACCAGGUGUACAGGAACCUGCCGUACUCUCAGAGACCAGAGGUGGAGAGUGUUGCUCUGGAGUGGCGUCCGGGCUCCACGGGUCAGAUCCUGUCUGACCUCGACCUGACCUCUCAGAAGGAAGGACGCUGGAAGAGACUCAACACGCUCGCUCACUACAAC